AAGAAAAGAGGCUGUCCAGUCCUGUCGUUUCCGGCAAUACAGGCUUUUCGAAGCAGCCUCCGUCGUCGCCACUGCUUUGACAACUGGCAGCUAUUCAUCACUUUUCAGUACAUUAACAUUAGUGCAUGAAUGGCAACCGUGGAUGACCUUAAGUUUCCAGAAUUUGAUGAUGCAGCCAACUUGUUGGCAGCAAAUCCAGAUGCUGUCACAAUAAGAAUUGAUGAGCCUAGUGAGAACCCAAAGAAGAAGCAUGGACAUCGGCUAGACUCUGGGAGAGAGGAGGAUGACGAACUGCUGGGGACAGAUGAUUCUGAUAAAACUGAGUUGCUUGCUGGGCAGAAGAAAAGUGCCCCCUUCUGGACCUUUGAGUAUUACCAAACAUUUUUUGAUGUGGAUACAUAUCAGGUCCUGGACAGAAUCAAAGGUUCUGUUUUUCCAGUACCAGGGAAGAACUUUGUAAGACUGUACAUACGAAGUAAUCCUGACCUUUAUGGUCCCUUUUGGAUAUGUGCAACAUUAGUCUUUGCCAUUGCUAUCAGUGGGAACCUUUCAAAAUUCUUCAUCCGUCUUGGUGACCCUUCUUACCCUUAUGUGCCUGAAUUCAGAAAAGUGUCCAUAGCUGCAACAGCAAUCUAUGCCUAUGCAUGGCUGGUUCCUCUGGCGCUCUGGGGAUUCCUUAUGUGGAGAAAUAACAAAGUUAUGAACAUUGUCUCCUACUCAUUUCUUGAGAUUGUGUGUGUUUAUGGCUAUUCGCUCUUCAUUUAUAUUCCAGCUGCGAUUUUGUGGAUCAUUCCAUUGAAAGCUGUCCGAUGGGUUUUGGUCAUAUUUGCUCUGUGUCUUUCAGGAUCAGUUUUAGCAAUGACAUUUUGGCCUGCUGUUAGAGAUGAUAAUCGAAGGAUUGCAGUGGCUACAAUUGUGACAGUUGUACUUCUGCAUGCUUUGCUUGCUGUUGGUUGCUUGGCAUACUUCUUUGAUGACCCAGAAGUAGCUGUUUCCUCAUUUACUACUGUACUUCCACAUAAUUUAACAGGUGUGACAAAAUCUCAGUAACUAAGAUAUCUACUUCUUCAUCUGUGCAAUACUGUUUUAUUGGGACUUUGCCAUGCUGAAAAAAGGCAAGAGUUGAGGAAAUGUUAGUGAAACUCUCUGAAUUUAUGGUAUUGGACAUCCAAAUGACCAAGCAGAAAUGGACUUGAAUUCAAAUUCUGCUCUAUUGAGCGAAAGGUGAAUUAUAUUCCCAUGCAGUGGAGUCAGUUUCACCUGCAGGUUGAAAUUUUCCUGACUUUGUUUUUUUUUUAAAUCUUCAGAAUAACUUACAUUUUAGUGUUUGUCAUUGAAUAAAAGUGACUGAAAUACUACCAUUA